AUGACAAAUACACUCGCCGUACUGAGCCUAGUGGCGACCCUGUUCUCCCUGGGAGAAGCUCGUUGGGGAAUAUCGCGUCCUACUUUUUCGCCCAAGACACUGUCAUCCCUCACACAAAUCCGUGGCGGCGGAGACAACUCCAACAAACAAUCCAAGAUUCAAGGACCCUGCAUUGGUAUUGAUUUGGGAACCACCUAUUCCUGUGUUGCUGUUUGGCGAAAUGAUCGGGUCGAUAUCUUACCGAACGAACAAGGUCACCGAAUCACUCCUUCCUACGUGGCGUUUCCACAAAAUGGAGGCGCUCGACUGGUGGGAGAUUCUGCCAAGAAUCAAGCGUCCCAAAAUCCAACAGGGACUCUCUUUGAUGUCAAGCGAUUGAUUGGACGAAAAUUCAACGACAAUACAGUCCAAGCAGAUAAGAAAUUGUUUCCCUACAAAAUGGAAUCUUCCAAGGACGGGAAACCCGUCUUGGUGGUUCCGGUCAAUGGAAAGGAUCAGAAAUUCACACCGGAAGAAAUAUCGGGCAUGGUACUGCGAAAGUGCAAGGAAAUUGCCGAAACGUAUCUGGGGGAACCCGUGAAACACGCCGUCGUAACCGUACCAGCCUAUUUCAACGAUGCACAACGACAAGCUACCAAAGAUGCCGGACGAAUUGCGGGGUUGUCCGUGGAACGUGUCAUUAAUGAACCCACGGCAGCAGCCAUGGCAUAUGGAUUGGAUCGACAAGAUAAAGAAGAAACAAUCCUCGUUUUUGAUUUGGGAGGUGGUACCUUUGAUUGUACUUUGUUGAGCAUUGAUUCGGGGGUAUUUGAAGUUCGAGCCACAUCAGGAAAUACACACUUGGGAGGACAAGACUUUGACCAGCGUACCAUCGAUUAUUGCAUUUCACAAUUCAAACGUCAGUCAGGGAUCGACUUGAUUGAGGUCAAUGAUCAACGGGCGAUUCAGCGGUUGCGCAAACAAUGCGAAGCAGCCAAGCGAACGCUGAGUACUCAAACUUCUGCGACCAUUGAUUGCGAAGCAUUGCAUCAGGGUAUUGACUUUUCUACCACUCUCUCCCGAGCCAAGUUUGAAGCACUCAACAACGAUCUCUUCAAAAAGUGCAUGACACCAGUGACCCAAGUAUUAAAGGAUGCUGGAGUGUCCAAAGCAGAAGUGGAUCAAAUAAUCCUCGUAGGCGGGUCGACACGUAUCCCCAAGGUGCAAGAAAUGCUCACUGAGUACUUCAACGGCAAGGAACUGAACCGAGGAAUCAACCCUGAUGAAGCUGUGGCAUACGGUGCGGCGGUUCAAGGUGGCAUUUUGAGUGGAGAUGCAUCGGCAGCUACCAAGGAUGUCUUGCUUUUGGAUGUUGCCCCUCUGUCUUUGGGAAUUGAAACAGCUGGAGGAGUCAUGACAACAUUGAUCAAGCGCGGUACAACAAUCCCCUGUAAAAAGUCACAAGUCUUUAGUACUUAUGCGGACAACCAACCUGGCGUCAACAUUCAAGUCUUUGAAGGCGAACGCGGCAUGACAAAAUCCAAUCGUCUGCUGGGCCAGUUUGAACUGGGCAACAUUCCGCCAGCUCCUCGGGGUGUACCGCAGAUUGAAGUCUCAUUCGAUGUGGAUGCCAAUGGUAUCCUCUCCAUUUCGGCUUCCGACAAGGGAACGGGCAAGUCGGAAUCCUUGACCAUUACUAGUGAAAAGGGUCGCCUCUCCGAAGAAGAGAUUGAACGCAUGGUCAAAGAGGCUGAAGACUUUGCGGAACAAGAUGAACUGGAAAAGGGCAAAGUUCAGGCACGCAAUGAGUUGGAAGCCUAUUUGUACAACCUCAAGAGUUCCAUCAACGAAUCGCUCAAGGACAAGUUGUCUGAGAGUGAUUCGGAGACACUAACACAGGCCGUAGAAGAUGCCUUGGUUUGGUUGGAAGACAACCCCGCAGCCGAGAAGGAGGAAUAUGAUGCCAAACAAAAGGAGGUGGAGCAAGUGGCCAAUCCCAUCAUCAAGGCAGCCUACGAGAGCGCCAACAGUGGUGGCGGUGGUGCCGAUGCUCCAGAUGACGACGAUUUCCUGGGAGAAGAUGUGGAUGGAGCUGGUCCCAGUGUAGAAGAAGUAGAUUAA